AAUCUUGACAACCUUAGCUACGAGUCGAGCGGGGAUUAUUUUCCAAAGACUGCACUUCUUACCGUCUUGCUUAUUGCAAUUUAUUUCACGUUUCGGUUUCGCGGUGAUAGGAAGUCGACUCAUUUGGCGCCAUUUUUAACAGUUACAACUUUUUUUUAUCGAAUUCGAAUCAAAGGAGAUCUGUAUUAUUUUCGGCCAGCCCUUUUGCUUUGAUGUCUAUGUAUUGUGGUGAAGAUGGUGAAAUUUUGGUGGAUGUUCAUUUUGUUUGCGAAAACGGCAUUAGCUAGUGACAAUGAAUUGCCAGAAGAGGGAAAGGAGUCGCGUUUCCUUCCUCUGUUCGAAGUAAAACGGUUCGACGGCAGACCAUCAGCCCACGGCAUCGGCUCCGCUGGUUUACCCCCACUAACGACUGUCCCGAUCGCUGGAGAACGAUGCUCAGCUCGUUUAGAAUCCGCACUUGACCAACUAAAGAGAAGAAAAAGGAAUCAACCAAAGAACCUCGAUACACCUUUGAGUCAAAGCAUCGACCUCAACGGCUACAGCUUAUAUCAACAAAUGAGAACAGCUGCUGUGGACAUGUAUGUGACUAGGAUGCGUGUACGACUACCGCAGAAUAGUAACUGGGUGCGUGUAGAGAAAUGUUACUUCGACCCUCGGAACAUUUCACUGGACACGAUGCUUCUAUUCCACGAUCUUACUAUUAGCGGUAACGUUGACUUGUACGACGCCAACGAACUGGACCGGAAUCUUCCACCGAGUCGCAAUCUGAGAAGAAAUUACGCGGAACCACGUCCAUAUGAUAUCCCAUACUCUGCAGAUGCUUACCCAAGACAUCCUGGAAGUAAUGGUUGCAAUAUGAUCUUGCGUUUACGCAAAGCGGGCAUCGGUUUUCAUACGAGACCUCUAAACCAACAGCCCGGGAAGUUCAAUGUUAAAACCGAUUCGGAAUUCGUCGAACCCGGCUUCAUAAGCGUUUAUGCGUAUGGCUGCGAGAAAUAUAUAAACCGGAACUCCGUUAGAAAUAAGGACAACCUUCCUUUGAGACGAAGAAGGCGAUCUGAUGAGUUUAGUUUCAAACCUGGAUUAGAGCAGCCCUAUAUGGAGAAAUCUGACAGUAGAUCAGCAGAUAACAACUGGGAUAUAAUUUAUGAACCACGCAGCAAUAGAGUUAACUACGAAAGAAGCAAAUUAUUCAGACCAGACGAUGACUUGGAUGAGGUAGAAGAUAUAUCUCGAGAAAUGGAGGAUAUAUUUACAAAAGGGAUAAGAACUUUAUUAACAACUUACAUGAAAAAAGAAUUACAACCAGCUAUCAAGGAUACCUUAAUGAGAAAUAUGGGAUAUGUAAUAUCAUAUGGAUAGAAUUUAAUAAUAUAAGGGAACCUAAUGUAAUAUAGUAGCUAUUUAUUAGUUCAAUUAAAUGUAUAUUCUAUAGGUAAUUGAUCAGGGUUUGAAUAAGGAUUUAUAAUAAUUGAAUACAUACAUAGUCAUAUAAUUGUAAU